AUGGUGCUGGUACCCAUACUCAACCCUUACCCAGGCCGUUUCACUGUCUCAGCUGGUGCUACCCACACACUCGAUUUUAGUCUGUUCGAAGUUCGCGAUACGUCAUCCAAGAUCAGCACCAUCGGGGUCGAUUGGGCUGCUGACCUCGACAUGACUUUUGCGAGAGAUGCAGCUAAGGCGAUUGGCGCUUCUGAUUGCUCAGCGCCAAAUGGCCGGCCUGGCCAAUUACACGCAUCUGCGACGGGCCCAAUCUCGUGGAGCCAGCGGCGAGGGCGGCGCGUAGAGCCUCAUUGGACAGGGGAUUGA